AUGACUUAUAUAGGUGUCGAUGUGACAUUAAACGUCCAACAAGAACAAACACAACUUAAUGUGGUGCUCGAUACUAGAACUGCUCGCUCAAACACUAAAGUCAAACCCAAUGGUAGCACAGUCAUCAGUCUAGCAACAUUUGGAGACACAUCACAGAAUCAGAGACACCUCGAUACUACAACCAUAUAUUUACUUACAGAUGUUGGAGCCAAGAUUCCACUUCAAGUGAUGAUCGUUCCGACAACUGCCGUCAUCUUACGGUAUAUCCCGAAUUCUGUCCUGUCUUCACCAUAUCUGAGAAACCUGAAGUUAGCACAUCCCGUGAUAGAUGAAGACCAGUUUGAUAUUUCAUUAUUGAUAGGAGCUGACCAUUACUGGAGCAUCGUAGGUAACCAGACGAUUCGAGGUAACGGGCCUACAGCCGUAAGUUCGAGUAUUGGUUAUUUAUUGUCAUGUCCAGUUGAAACAACCAGAGUUAUGACACAGUCUUGUUUUGCCCUAAAUGUAAAUACAGAUAUAGACCGAUUUUGGAAAUUGGAGUCAGUUGGAAUAAUUCACGAAGACGACCAAGGUAAAGAUAAAUUACAGACAUAUCAGGAGAAUGCUAUCAAGUUUACCAACGGAAAGUAUGAAGCUAAACUACCCUGGAAAGUAGACCACGCCCAUCUCCCUACAAACUAUGAAGUAACCAAGAGAAGAACCGAAUCCCUGAUAAGACGACUACGCAGAGAACCUAAGAUCCUAGAGAAGUAUGCAGAGAUACUACAAGAACAAGAGAGACGAGAUUUCAUUGAGAAAGUUGACGAUAAUGAGAAACUACCCCCGGAAGUACACUAUAUUCCACACCAUGCAGUCAUAAAAGAUUCCACCACCACGCCCAUUCGUAUAGUGUAUGAUUGUAGUUGUAGGGAAUCGAUUUAUUCCCCCAGCUUGAAUGACUGUCUUGACUCCACCCCACCCUCACUAAAUGAUCUAUCGUAUAUUCUAGUAAGAUUCCUACUUGGAAAGUACGCAGUAUCAACAGAUAUAGAGAAAGCAUUCCUGAAUGUACGCCUAGAAAAAGAAGACAGAGAUGUGACAAGAUUUUUAUGGUUGAGUGAUCCGAGUAAUCCAGAUAGCACGUUAUCAGCAUACCGAUUCAAAGCCGUUUUAUUCGGUGCAACUUGCUCCCCAUUUAUACUCAGUGCUACACUACUCAAACAUCUUGACAACAACGCUAACAGCUGGUAUCCAAGCUUACGGCGCGACAGCUUACCUUUGCAGACGACAACAAUCGACUCUAGUGAUGGCAAAAUCCCGUGUGGUACCUUGAAGAAAAUUACAUUGCCAAAGUUAGAACUGAUGGCAGCCGUGAUCGGAGCACGUUUAGCAAGACACAUUCUACAAGCGAUAGACAUACAAGAUGUGAUAUUUUGGUCAGACAGUCAAAUCGUGUUACACUGGCUGAGCACCUCGAGACCGGUAAACAGAUUCGUCCAAAAUAGAGAUACAGAUAUAAGAGACCUAGCCCAGAACCGGAAGUGGAAAUACUGUCCCACAAAACACUAUCCAGCCGACCUUCUCACAAGAGGUAUCACAGCAUCCCAGUUCAGAAACAAUCACCUAUGGAUGCAUGGUCCAGACUGGUUAACUAACCAAACUCAGUGGCCUGUAUGGAUGCAGGCAGACACCAUCACCAUGGCAACCUUGACAGACGAGACGCAAGGAACAGAUGAACAUCCGUUUCCAGGCAGUCUACUUCAAGACGGUCUACACGUUUUAUUAAACUUGUCAAGGUACAACAGCUAUAGAAAACUUAUUCGAGUCACUGCAUAUGUCUUUAGAUUUAUAAACAACUGCAGGGCCGUCACCAUACGACGAAGAGACCCCUUUAAACGUAACAGAACUAUAGAACGCAGAGCACAGGUGGCUACAGAAUUGCAGGCGCACUGA